AACUGCAUGUAUAUCAGAGAUUAUACCAUUUAUCUAUGCAAUGGAAAAGUUUCUAGACUACGUUUGACACUUCAACUGAAAUCAAAACUGUUGUUGAUGAACUAAAGAAAGAUUUUAACUGUCGUUUUCAAAAAUACAACGAUAAUGUUGAUCUAAAAAUUGUGAUGAUGCUUGAUCCUCGUUUCAAGUUAAAGUUUGUUGAAGACAAGAAUCAUAAUAUGUUUAAAGAAAUAUUCUAUCUAGAGUUCUACCGUUUUUGUUCCAAAUCUCAUUUAGAACAAGUAAAAGAAAUUGAAUUUGGUGUAGCAAGAGGUAGUGGAUCAGAAGAAUCAUUAAGUUCAUUUUCAGAAUCUAAAAUUCAUGAGUCCGACUCAGAUUUUGAUGGCCAUGGCUCUCCAUUAAAAAAAAAACAACUAAUGAGCAUGGACAUAUUUAGCUUGAUCUACCAAAUCGGUGCAAAUGAGUACGCUCUACAAAAUUCAGAAAAUUCUGACGGACGGAGAAAAAAAAAAAAAACUAAGUUCAAUGGGAAAAACUCUAACUGUCAAAGAAAAAUGCACCGAUGAAGUCAACUUCUACUUGAGCCUUCCAAUACUGCCAAAGAAUGAAUGCCCUUAUAAGUGGUGGGGUGCAUACCGUUACACUUGCUCUGAUAAGAUACUUACAAGUUGAAUUUGUCAAAGUUUUUAAAGAAAGUUUUGUGCACAUCUGGAAACAUAUUUGAAGCAAAAAGAAACAGUUUAUUACCCGAACAUGGAGAACAGAUUGCAUUUUUAAAUUAUAAUAUGCCUGCUUUCAUUGAAUAAAUUAUUAUUAACAAAAUAAUAGACUGUAGCUUCUUAGU